AUGGGGUACCGUAGCCAGGGCCAAAAGGUGCAGAAGGUGAUGGUGCAGCCCAUCAACCCCAUCUUCAGAUACCUACAAAACAGAUCUUGGAUUCAGGUGUGGCUCUAUGAGCAAGUGAAUAUGCGGCUAGAGGGCUGCAUCAUUGGUUUUGAUGAGUACAUGAACCUUGUGUUAGAUGAUGCAGAAGAAAUUCAUUCUAAAACCAAGUCAAGAAAACAACUGGGUCGGAUCAUGCUAAAAGGAGAUAAUAUUACUCUACUACAAAGUGUCUCCAACUAGAAAUCAUCAGUGAAGUGAGAAGUUGUUAAGAAUCUUUUUUUUUUUUU